GUAAGUGUGUUGCACUGGGUGUGGCGUCAUCAGCAAGAGUUUCUCCAUUUUGGAAACAAUCUUUGGAGGGUCCAGGGAAAUGGCAAAAAGUCACAACUCUUUCUGUAGUUCCUCAUUCACCACAAAACAAAAUGAUCUGCUAAACACAGAUGUCCUCACUGUUUGCUGUGAUGGCUGGAAAGAUCUCACUCAUCGUGCUCCUUCUCGCCACCAUGAUGGCUACUGCAGAUUCCCUUCGCUGCUACCUUGGUGCUAAUGGACAGUAUGAUAAAACAACCUGCGUAGCUCCUUACGAUACCUGUAUUAAAGCAGUAAGGGAGGGGAAGUCUGUAGUGAAGUCUUGUACCGUGAAAUCUGUGUGUGAUGUUGAAUUACCUGGUACAAAGCACUACUGCUGUGACACGGACCUGUGUAACGGUGCUGGGACGGUUGGGAAGAACCUGCUGCUCCUGCUGGUGCCCCUGGCCUCCAUCUUCGUGCUGUCCUGAGCUCAGACCAGCUGCAUCCUCCAUCCUCUAGUCUCCACUAGUCUGCAGCACUAUUCAAUUCCUUUGUGCAGACUGUGCAAAUGGUGACUUAUUGUGUGUCUGUUCCUCGUGUCCCUGUUUAACAACAUUUUAUGCUGUUUACAUAAUUAUUCUUUAUGAUGUAUAAUAGCCAUGGAUGCUUUAAAAUUCCUUUGCUUUGUAAUUGAGCUUCACUGGUUUUCAUUUUGGUUUAACUUCAAUGCUCUGUGGAUUUCAUGACAAAUAAAAUACUAGUAUAACAAA